AUGGUCAGAAUCAUGCGACGCAUCUGCGCUUUCCAGGCACUUCUUGGUUUACAGCAUGCCAGAAAUCUGGUGCUUGGUCUCCAAGCUUCUGAUACUGACCGUGUCAUCUCCGUCGAUGUGUCAGAUACAAUUGGAAGGUUGAAAAACCUCCAAGGGACUAAUAGUGCUGAUACCGGAGCAUCACUCGGCAAUGAUGAUAUUCAUAACAGGGACCCCAUCAUCGCGAAUGUCUGGUCGGAUUAUGGGAUCAAGCAUGUGCUCAUCUAUACAUGGCCCGAGGUCUUCCUUGGAUUUGAGGCCACGGGAGAAGCAGCAGAUCCGUUGAACAAUGCGAACUACAACUGGACCGAGGCAGACAGCUGGAUCCAUUUCGUUACCUCGCAUGGGGCAAAGGCCACAAUUCAGUACGCAGGAGACAUCCUAGAGUCGUCGCCCGAAACGGCAGGUAAAAUUGGGUUCAUGAUCACAGACCGAUAUAUGAACGGCGCCCAUGGCUCAGGCUUCUACGAUGCCCUCGAGCUUUUUGACUUUGACGCCGAAGCCGACCUUCAAAACACCCUAGACGUGCAAAGCGAUUACGAUUCGCUAUUCCCGCUUUUUGCGGCUUUCGCGCACGGUGUUGCAAAGGCCAGCGAUAAAGCUGGAGUCGGAGCCUGGGGAGGAAACCGAAUUUGGACAAGCUAUAAAAACUAUUCUCUUUACGAUCCCUUCGUCUCGCGCUUCUACAAGGACUGCAAAGAACAAAAUGUGCCCCUCAAAGCAGCCACUUUCCAUUUUACCAACUCUCAGUUUUCGUUUGAUCCAUACGACGUCCGCAGAGUCACCGAUAACUUCCGAGAGCAUGUUCUUAAACCAGCCGGAUUUUCCGACCUACCGAUAUGGAUGACUGAAUAUGAGCUUAACCCACCGGGAAUAAAGCCAACCCAAGACUCGCCUAUUGACCAGGCCUUUACAUGGCCAGGGUUUGGGUGGGGAGGGUCAGGCGCCGGAAACGCAUCAUUUGCACCCUGGUUCAAAAAGUCCGCAAAUGGAUCUGCUAUCGCUCUCAACCAAGCUGCAGCGUGGAGCCUACAAGCGCAGCUAAUUAGUGCGACCCCAGAGCGCGUCCAAGUCGAGGGAUCUUCAAACGAUGGGUUUGCAGUGCUUGCAGGUCGCUCUACCACCCCCGACGUCGUCCAAGUCCUGCUGAAUAAUUACCAGCCGGACUAUGAUAUGGUUUCUGAGAUCACAAAUGCGAUGCUUCCUUUUCUAAACGCUUCAACAUCAGCGUAUCCAAUCCUCCAGGAAAAUGGCCUAUUCAAUGGAGAACAAGCUUGUCUGAAGUCUAACAAUACGAGGUUCAUUGUGGCAGUUUGCAAUACGUUCCCCCAAGCAAAGGUUCGCGACAAUCGGACAAAACAGUACCAUCUCAUAAUUGAGAACCUCCCAUGGAAUGAAUCUGACGACUAUGAGGUGUUCCUCCACCGAGUCGGGGGACAGAACGUAUCCUCAAUCCAUACCCUCCAAAGCGGCCGGGAAUUGCAUGUGCCGAUUCCAGUCAAUGCCCAGGACCUAAUUACAAUUAAGCUGAGUGAUUCUGAAACUAGACGGGCUGCUUGA